CGUACCACGGGCACUCUUUAUUCUCUAAAGAGCACAGGAGGGCAAGGGAGUGAGUGCUGUGAAGCGCUGAGCAUCCAGGGUGCAGACGGGGAGAUGAGCCCAGCCGGCCCCUUUCACCACAGCCAUUAAGUCCUCGUGAGUCCCCCCCAGGGCAAGGGGACCACCAGCACCCAGCACCUCCACGACCUCCUCCACUGCACUCCCUCCCCCUGCACCAGCUCUGCUCCAGGGGGGUCAUUCCUGGCCUGUUCCCAGGUGCCACUCGGCAGCCUGGGACUGGUACGGGGUGCUUAUAGGGACGGUGGGAACAACCGGCGGUGCUGAAGGCGCUGGUGUGAACAAGUGCUGUAACCCCGUGCCCCAGACAGAGGGGCACCCACCCCCAGCGCGGUGUGCAGUUAUCCCAAAGGCUCCCAUCUCAGUGGGCACGUCCAAAAUGUGACCGGGAGCUCUGUCCGUUUUCUGUGUGUUUACAGUUACGGGGAAAGUAACAGUCACUUCCUCAAGAAAUUCUGAAGAGAAAUGUGAAAGGUGAGGAAUAUGUAGCAAGGCCUCCUUCUUCCUUCCCUUUCGACGUUCACGGUGUGGGUCCAAUAACCUGGUGGUUUUCUAAUAAAUUUAACCUUAGCAGCAAUUAAAACACUUUGGCAUGCAAGAAAGGGAGAGGUGGGCUCUGUAGGACAUUCAUCACAGAAAGCACUUUGAGACUGGAUUUCUGUUAGCUGUGAUAUUAAAUAUUCUGAAGCAGCUUUUUCUCCCUGACAAUUACCAAUACGUGGCAGGAGGAUGUUCUCUCCCUGCCCUGCUUGCUCCUGCGUGUGUAGAUGAGGAGCAAUUCCCAUUUCUUCACAAACCUCUUAGGAAGUGGCCUGAAAAAGGGAGAAGCUGGGCUCCAGUCUUUUCUGCUUCCUUGUGAUGGAGAAGCCUUGUCAGAGAACUUUUCUGAUUGUCCUUCUGGACAUAAAAAGCUUUAAUUGUAGAGACUGAAACAUCAGGAACUGGCAAACCAGCACUGCAAGAACGAGGAGGGAUGGAAGAGGAGCUGCUGAGGAGGGAGGGCUUGUAAGGGGGGAGAGGGCUCAGAGCACUCAGAUUUUUUUGCAUUUUUAACAAUUUCUGCAACAUCCUAUCAAUUCCACCUGCUCCCUUCAGUUUAAAUCUUAGAUUCUCUCCUUGCCUUUCUUGCAGCCAGCUGUCUUCCACUGAAGCCCAGAUUUGCCAUUGCUGCUUUUUCCUAAGAUAAAAUGACUCACGAGGUUUUAAACAAAACCUGAGCACAAGCCCCACUGAUUUUGGUAUCCCUUAUGAGUCACAGCACCAUACAGCAAGGAGUUGAGGCCAGGGACAAGACUUGCACCAAGCAGGUGAAGAAAGGUUGGGAAAUGUUUGCAAUUUUCCUGCAAGGGGUUUCCAGCACCUGUGUCCAGCAAAUCGGGAAUGUCAGUGAAAAUCUCCAGGGAGAGCCUCAGUCUGCACUGAGCAGGCGAUAAAGGGAGGGAUUCGGCCUGAAUGUUGGGUGUGAAAGCACUGGGAGUGCUUGCAGGGGGCUCGCCUCGGGGUCCUGCUACCAGGAACCCAGCGAUGGUUGAGCUCUGCAAGGAGACACAGCAAGCAUCUCCCCGCCGAGGCCCCAGUGCUCCCCCCGGGUGGUUUUGUUGCCUCCCCAAAAGCAAGCAGUGCCUUCUCGAUGCCAAGCCUGGCUUGCCCUGCAGCGUAACCCCCGGGAGAGCAGCGUUCAGGCAGGUUUUCCUGCAGGCUGCCCGUGCAGAGGGAGCACGCUGAAGCCGCAGGGUCCUGGGGCUGAGGACGCAGGAGGGGACAGUCACCUUCAGCCUAACCCCUCGGGUUGAAUCCUAGGAGCAGGCUAUGAGCUGAGCUAGCUGAAGUACUCAGAGGUGCCUUUAGUGGGGUGCAAGUGUAAAAAGAUCAGGUAAGGAACUGCUUCCCUGGGUAUCCAGCUCCGGCUGAGGACCGGCGUGCAGCUUCCCACCUUAACGUCAGCUGGGACAUCGCCCUGCCGGAACCCUUUGUUGUCAGUGUGGCUGACGUCUGCCUGCGCAGUCACACCGACGGGUGCUUGGGUGUCCAACCCCACGGGCCAGCAGCCUCGUCCGAGCUGGCAGGUGAGAGCCAGGGUCUCGUUCCUCCGUACAGCGCACGCUGCUGUUACCUGAAUGCUUUGCUGCACACAGAGGAAGAUUGGAAAGAUCCCGGGUGUGGCUGUAAUUUCACCGAAGUGAAAGGUUGUGGCAGGAAGCAGUUUGGCAUUGGGAAACCCAAAGGGAAGUGGUCAGACCUCCUGGCUGUGCACGCUUGUCUUCACAAUGUCUGUCCAGCACCACGGGGCAGCCUUCCAGAGCCAGGCAGGAGGACGGAGCGUUUGAAGCAGGGCAGUAUCUCCUUCUCAUCACCCAAAUCCAAUAAGUGAGCUGAGGAAGGAGACAAGCGUGCCACACAGCUUCCUGAGAGCCUCUCAGAGCUUAGCAGGCUGAUGUAAGAGGAGCUUAAUUUAAAAUCACGUUUGCAUCGAGCUGUCAAUCCAGUAACCUGGGCAAAGCACAUCUCAAGGGUGUGGGAGUCUGCCAGCAGCACGAGGGCUUUGGCCACAUCUACACGAGAGAGCGAGCCCAAAUCCAGCCUGCUGUUGCUCCUUCUGCCCGCAGGGCCCCACAGCUCCCUGCGCAGCACACCCUCGCCAGGACAGUUUUGCACAGACCAGCUCCUGGCUUCCCACUGUCUCUGCUCGCUGGGGGAGCAGGAAGCACCUGGAGAGGCGUGGAGUUCAUCCGAGCAGACUGAGAACCGCAGAGGGCGUUUGCUGCUCCCAUUGACUGAAUUAUCCAGCAUCCUGUAGAGCAUGUAGGCACUGGUCCAGCAGGAGUGAUCCAGUCAUAAAAAUGUUUGAUUGCUCAGCACCAGAGGCCUGAGAUGGUCCCACCUGCUGCCCCUCAGUGAGCCCACGUGAGCUGUACACAUCCCGUGGGCUGUGUGCCCCCCUGACCCCCCAAAACCAUGAAGCAGGCCAGAGGAACCAUGGUCUGUUGGCAUUUGGCAGCGCAGGGCAGUAAUACACAGAGCAAGGAACUACUGGCAGGAUCUGGCAGUUUAACACCAAUUAGUGCCCUAAAAUUUACAACAUUUGCACUCCAUGCUAAUUUACUCGUUACUUCAGGUAAUUAGCUCCAUCUGUCUGAAUGCAGCCUGGGAUGUGGGGUGGGCACUUUUACCUGGGUGCAGGUAACAAUUGUAGUUACAUGUGAGCUCCACGGCAGUGGUACUGAUGGAAAGAAACGCUCCAUCUCCUGGGAACGUAGCUCCCAAGUAGGAUUGUGGCUGGAUGGAGACGUGGCAGAUGGGAAAUGCGUCCAACGCCUCCGUGUUCACCUCCACCCUGUCGGAGAGAGAAGACCUGAUUUUUGGCACACUCUACUUAGUCUUUGGCCUCGUGUCUCUCUCGGGGAACUCGCUGCUCCUGCUGGUGGCCUAUCGCAAGCGGUCCACGCUGAAGCCCGCCGAGUUCUUCAUCGUCAACCUGGCCGUCAGCGACCUGAGCAUGACCGUGACGCUCUUCCCCUUGGCCACCCCGUCCUUCUUCGCGCACAGGUGGCUGUUCAACCAGGCGAUGUGCACCAUCUACGCCUUCUGCGGGGUGCUGUUUGGGCUGUGCAGCCUCACCAGCCUGACGGUGCUCAGCGCGGUGUGCUGCCUGAAGGUCUGCUACCCGGCAUACGGUAACAAGUUCUCCCCUUCCCACGCCGGCGUGCUGCUGCUGUGUGUCUGGGCGUACGCCCUGCUCUUCGCCACGGCCCCCCUGGCCGAGUGGGGCAGCUACGGCCCUGAGCCCUACGGGACCGCCUGCUGCAUCGCCUGGGAAGCCUCCAGCCGAGAGGCCACGCUCUACAUCCUCGCCCUCUUCGUCUUCUGCUACCUUCUCCCCUGCCUCCUCAUCCUCGCCUCCUACUCGCUGAUCCUGUGGACGGUGCAGGUGUCCCGCCGAGCCGUGCGGCAGCACGUGUCCCCCCAGCGCAGAGCCGGCGGCGUGCACGGCCCCAUGGUGAAGCUGAGCAUCGCUGUGUGCUUGGGCUUCCUGGCUGCCUGGACCCCUUACGCCGUCGUCGCCCUGUGGGCAGUCUGCGGAGGCGCCAGCCAGGUGCCAGCGCUCGCCUUUGUGCUGUCGGCCGUCUUUGCCAAGUCCUCGACGCUCUACAACCCGCUGGUGUACCUGCUCUUCAAGCCCAACUUCCACAAGAUCCUCUCCAAAGACAUCGUGCUGCUCCAGGCCAUCCGCGCCGUCCUCUGCUGCAGCUGCCCGGGCACCGCGCUCCAGCCCUUCCCUCCCAGAGACACCAGGACCCGCUUCUCCCCGGGCUUCAGCCGCCACCACGGGGCCUGCAGGAGCUGCAGCGACACUUUUGAAUGCUUCAGCAACUACCCCAGGUGCUACAAACUGCCCCAGGGCCCCGGCCCCUCGCCCGCUCCCCUGGCCAUCCUGGCCGACGGGGCCGCUGGCCAGCCGGGGCUGAAGAGCGCCGUGCAGGUCAUGGUGCUGGUGACACGGAGGAGGUCAGGGCUGGGCGCUGCCAGCGUGGCAGGGGAGGUGCUGCCGUCGGGGGUGGUGAAGGAUCUCCUCUGAGAGCUCAGAGCCCAGCGGUGCCCGGGCAUCCCGGCCCCAGCUGCGCCCGAGCCCCUCGUUGGAAGAAAAACCCAAACGCGACAUUUCUCUCAUCUCUGUAUCCGACGGGUCCCCAGCAUGUUCUGCAGAUGACGUGACACCAACCUUGCCUCCCCUUCUGGUGUGGCUCUUGUGACUUUGAGCCUAGCAUUUGCACUUGCAAAAUAUAUAUAUGAUAAUAACAGACCCCCAGUGCCUGAAAUCUGGCCAGGGUGCAACCCCAGGCUGCAGCUUUACUGCUGUUUGCUCUCUGGGCCCUGGGCCUUAGUUUCUCCGUCCUGGUGCUCUGAUGACCAAGCAGGGACUUGGUUGUCUUAACAAACUGUGCCUGGCCCAGCAGGAGGGGGCUGGGGGGUCGUGAGGUGCCCCCAGCCCCAGCUCCUGCAGCCGCAGCCGACCACGUCCUCUCCUGCCAGGGCGCGUGGAGCGCCCUUCAGCUACCUCACUCGGGGCUCGGAAAUAUCUUCAUAUACCUCUCAGAGACUGCUCUCUGCACGGGCUGGGCGACCCCACUCCCUCAGCUGCAAUGCAAACCCACCACCAUCCGGUUAAUCUCAAGGGGAGCUUGUCUUUAGGGUAAGAAUUUGGGGUUCAAAUAAUCCCAGCGUGAAUAAUACCGGUCCCAGGUAGUGCUCUCCAGGCAGGGAAUGGCAAAUCUGUGGCUGAGCAACCCCUGGAGAUGGGGCUGGGGCUGGAGGUGUCGCUGGGAAGCCAGGGCUUCUCACACCAUCGGCACCGCUGGCUGGGGAAUGGCAAGCUGCCAGCUCGUGGUUGUAAUUCAGAGAGCAGUGUGUGGGCGGUUCACCCCCAAGGGAAGAGGCAGGGCCAAAAAGGACCGAGAAGCUGCGAAAGGGCACGAUGCAAAGCCAUUCACCACCACAGGAGAAUCUCCCCGUGGGCUGCCCCGAGCACGAGCACGGAGCUGCAGCACGUGCCCCUGGCUGGGAUGCAGGGUGCUGGUGCUGCCUUACAGGGGCUGCAACAGGCAGCGAUGGAAGGACGUGCUCACGGCGAUGGGCAGAGUCAGCAGCAGAGGAGGGAAAGGUGUUGUCCCAGGCGUGCUGCCCUCCUGCAACCAGCUAGCCAGUUGUGGGGGAGCUUUACGGGGUCACUGGUCAAUGAAAAAAACACUCUAUAACCCAUUGCCAGAGCUGCAGCGUUAAAUCAUGUUGGGCAAAAUGGGGACAGCGAGCCAUUCGCUGCACAAACGCCGGGGAACUGCUGCUGACCGGGCCCGGCACCGCACGCUGGGCUCGCCCUCCUGCCUCCAGAUACAGAAAUUCCUGGUUUAGAGGUUGCUUCCCAAGCCGCACCACACCACUGCCUUUUCUUAGCGGCGAUGCAGCAACCUCCUCUGUUGCGAGGUCCCAGAGCACUUCACAAAAGAGCCGCUGGCUGCCAGGGCGUGCAGGUGUGCAGAGGGGUGCGCUCCCGGGGGAGCAGAGGGCACACACCCACCGCAUUCAAGCUGCAAACUUGGUACUGCUGAACCCAGCCAUUAGAAAUAGGAGCUAGGCUUUUUGGCCUCGGUGUUCUGGCCAAGUCCCAGCGCAGGCCGUGCUUUCCGUAGGUAGCCCCAUCCACAGGCAGCGUCCGCUGUGCGCGGUGCCCUCGCCAUGCUCUCCUCCAGCUGCGAGCGCUGAUCCCAGCCCGGGGCUGGUACGAGCUCAGAGCUGUGUGCUGAGAGGCUCACAGCACAGCAGCAACGGGCACAAGCGGGCCUGCCCCUGCUUUCUGUGUGUGCCAUCAUUAUCGGAUCCCGCGGCAUGGCUCUGACUAGUGUACGGUAGUGUUAGUCGUGGCACUCGCUUUUGUCCUUUGGUCGUUCCCACGCAGCCGCUUUCCCCUAGCAGUUUCCCUGUUUCAGGAGUGGGCCUGUGCAAGAGGGGUCUGUGAUAUCUCGAGGUGUGCUCGCAUCCUCCCAGGUGCUGGGAAAUCCUUGCACAUGCGUGAUGCCUGCAGGUGCACAUGGUUUGGGGCAGGUGCAGGUGGUUUGGGGCAGGAGCCAAGGACU